CGUUGUCCUGAAGGUCUCCGCAAGAGGAUUCACAUCGCUGGACAGGAAUCUGCAGCUGCACGGAGGGGAGAUCCACAAAGCCUAAACCCACUCUAGAGGCGGGGAUAGAGGGUUGAACUGAAAUAUACAUUUGUUUUAUUUACCCGACUUCAACAUGCCUCGCUCAUUCCUUGUGAAGAAAUACUUUUACAACAACAAGAAGCCAUACUACAGGGAGAGCCCUCUGGACAGUCAGGCUGCAUUUGUUCCAGAAAACCUGGAUUGGGCUGAACUACCAACCCAGGAUAACAGCUCUGCCCUGACAUGCUACACAGGCCUGUUAUUCGACUGCCUGCCUGUACCCCGUUCUCCGGCCACCCCUGCGUCUCCUGCUCUGUCCCCAUCACCCCUGGCCCCUGUGGACCCCGGAAGCUCUCCUUCCAGCAGCAGUGGAGAGGAAGAGGACGACGGGGGACGCACUUCAGAUCCCCCGAGCCCAGACGUCAUCCAGGACCUCUUCCACUGUCUGUACUGCAGUAAAAGCUACAAAAGGCUCUCCUCGCUUUCCCACCACCAGAUGACCCACCAUCAGAUGCCCCCUGACCGAGUGUCUCAGUGCACAGUGCUGCAGCAAACGCCAUCUCUGCCCAGUGGUGAAGUCUCAGGACGCCCCACCUUCCAUUGCAAACACUGCCCCAAGGAGUACACCAGCCUAGGAGCCCUGAAGAUGCACAUUCGCUCACACACCCUGCCCUGUGUGUGUCCCACUUGCGGAAAAGCCUUCUCCAGACCGUGGCUGCUCAGGGGACACAUUCGCACACAUACAGGUGAGCGUCCCUUUGCAUGUCAACACUGUAACCGGGCUUUUGCUGACCGCUCCAACCUGCGCGCCCAUCUGCAGACCCACUCCGAGGUUAAGAAGUACCAGUGUGGCUCCUGUGCCCGGACCUUCAGCCGUAUGUCCCUGCUGCACAAACACACCGCCUCUGGAUGCUGCUCUGCAACUAUAGCCUUACAUUCCCUGGACUGAUCUCAUGCAGGAGAUUCUUGUGUACUCUGAUGGGACAGAAAAAAAUAAUAACUGAUGCUUUUUAAGUGCCUUUUUUUGGAGACUUUUUAGGUCACUGGUCAUUUCUGGGUCCAUCAAGUGUGUGUGUAUUUGUGUGAUUCGUAGGCAGCUGGACAUGCAGUUAAUUCCUAGGAAACUCCAUUGGUGCCGGCCGGUCCGGGACUCUGGCCAUGUUGCAGCUGCUUGGGUGUGUUUGUGUGUAUGAGGGGAUGUCAUUCCUCACCAUACUAUACAUACAUGGCAAGUGCAUAUGAGCAACUGUGUGUGUGUCUGUGUGUUGAGACAGCUGUCUGUGUAUGGUGUACUGGGGAGGCCGGGCGCUGAGAGACAUGUUAGCUGUGACCUCGACGACAGGUGACCCUCUGCUCAUCCCUCCUCAUGCAGUGACUCCACACACUCAGUCUGUUAUUGGACCAUUUAAGUUUGACCAAAAUGCAAUUUUAAUGCCUUCACUUUAUUGCAAUUUUACACUCUGAACCUUUUAUAACAGAUUUUUUUUGUACUUUUUUUUUUUUUUUUCAUUUUCGGCACAGUUUUUUCAUGC